AUGGCCGCACCCAUAUCAACAUUGCCAAUUGGCACGACGGCAGCCUCGUCUCUGGCUAACGGCGGUGAGUGCUCAAAGGCAGAUCCCCGGGAACUAGAAGGCGAUACACGCGCCCGCGACAGUUCUGCGUCGGUACCGAAUCUCAUUCGACGCGAAAUCGAGACGAGUGAACACAAUUCUGAAAAUCCUUCAGAGCUUUCGAAAGGCUCCCCAGUCGGCGCGGUUAUGAGAGCAGAUUCUGUAGUCGAUAACUGGGAGUCUCCAGACGGGCUGAACUCUGAAGACCUGUACACACGAGGGGCCCCGCGGAUAUUCCAGCGAGAGUGCAGCAAUGGGGACAAGGGCGGUCUUUGCUUGAAGCUGUCGUAUGAAUUCGCUGAAAGGAUGAAGGAGAAGGUCGAAGCAGGCCGUCAUUUGCGCGCUUUGACCGACGCAGUGGCUCAACGCGCGGAGGACUUGUCAAAUGAAGAAAGUCGUCUCAAGGAGCUCGAAGGUGAGCAGCAAGAGAAGCUUGUGGAGAUGCUUGCAGUUGUUAAACGGAACGGCCGAAAACCCACUCAAGACGAAAUGCUGGAAGUUCGGGCACUUUCAGCAGAUAUCAGAACCGCUUGCCAAGUGCAGGAUGAUCUGAAAGCUCAGCGAGAUUAUUUGCCUGAAUACUUGCAAAACUUCAGACAUAUAUGGCUUGAUCUUGUGCGACAAACAGAGGCCAUGGAGGAAGAUAUCCUUACGAGAUCCAAUCUUCUGCCAGAGUCAGAGGGAAAGAUCCAGCCGCCUUGGAAGAUCAAUCCUGAGAAGCCCAACCAACCAUCACUCAACCCCAAUCAUGCCCAAUGGCCGCUCUCGGUACCUAAGACGGACAGAAGCUGUUUGAAAACCGCACCAGCACCAACACGCAACCACCGUGAGCUCACACGCGCACGAAUCGAGAUGAAAGAGCGGUCUAAACGACGUGCAUGGCAAGCAGCCCACGAGAAGCAUGAGGACCAUCGCAAAGAAUACAGGCGCAUGCUAGAACAAUACAUCAGUCAGCAAGUGAACCGCCCAGUCGUCGACUUCCAAGCAGAGUUCUCUCGACACUGGCUUGAAGGUUGGCGCCCUCUUAUCCGUGGCCUCGACGAAGCUGAGAAGGCAUAUGUCAAAGUGAUGGAAGAAGCUCGAGCUGCUGAUGUCACGAUUUAUGAUCCUGAGGACGAUGAUGACCCCACCAUUGCAUACGACAUAGACUUGUGGGACCAAGUGUCGAUAAAACAGCUCGACCGUGGUCACAUUGAGAGAUGGCAUGCUGGUGUUGCCGCUGGUGUCUAUGGACCAGAGCAGCCUGCUGGGAAGGACGAAGCCGAGCUGGAAAGGCAGGCCAAGGCGCAUGGGCCGGGACAGUUCGCGGCGGAUGACCUGGAUGUGGCCGCAGCUACAGCUCCCAAGAUGCCCCCAGGCGAGCUUUCUGCCAUCAGAGUUGAGUCCACGAUGGCCCCGCCAGCUCUUUGUGCCCCAGAGGAAACGCCUACUUCAAUACAGAAGAUCGAACAGAUUCUCACCGACGUCCAGAGGACUCUAAGUCGUGCCAGUGAGCCGACUAGCCAGCAAGCGAAUGGGCCCGGCCUAGUAGGACAAAGAGCAGAAGGCGAAGCUGCCAUGAAAGACAACCAGCGGAAAACGAACGGAGGUAGUAAUCUCACCCCGAAUGGAAUCCUUUUCGGUGCAGGUGGUCAAGCAUCUCUAGCGGAGGCGACAAGGGAAACUUCGCCCUUGUGCUCGCAGACUCCAAAGCGCUCACUGGAAUCCAUGGUUGAGCGAAACCCUGCGUCGCACACGGAAGACCGGAAAGAAACACCCGAAAGAACGGGUCUUGAUUUGACACCUAUACACCCCGAGAAAGGCUUAGGUAGCAGGGCGCAACGAAGCGACAUCGGCACCUCCGUCGACAGAGCUUUUCAGACACCAGCAGAGAAUAAAGACCAGAGCAUUAUUGCCAGUGGACAUGAUGCGAUUGAACGCAUCAACAACAGUGCAAAUACGACUGAUGUGUCGGCCGCACACUCUCAGUCCGACGGAGUAACGACAAGACUGGCAGAAGAGAGAACUAGGGGCGGGCUUGGGUCAAGCAUGAGCAACGCGACGCGCAUGAUCAUUGAGAAGGCAGACUACGGCGACAAGAUAGAGAGACACCAUCAACCUGUUCUGACGGAUGCAAUCGCCGGAGAUCCCGCGAAGGUGGCCAAGACGUCAUCAAAACGUAAAAGGGCCGCGGUAGAGGAGGCGGUCGUGGUGGAGCCGCGAGAAAAGAAGGACAACGAGGAGACGGGUUGGAAGUGGAAGAUGGAUCUUGAGGAAUACAUGGCGAAGUACAACAUCGAGCCGCCCCCAACUUCUAAGAAGAGAAAUCAGGAUUACUUGCUCAGCAACCGCGACAUACUCAUCACCGACAGCGAGCGCGCCUACGGACGCAAGCGGAGACGCAUUGAUGAGUGGGGUAACAAGGUUCGAGGCGGUGAUUGUUGA